AGUUAAAGAACAUCGGAGUGGUAGGAAGGCUGUGCGCAGCAGAUCAACGAGCAUAGCAUAGUCAUUUUCUGUGGAUAUUUAAAAGGUUGUAGAGACUUCAUUUAAUAACCAACUACAUACUAACUAAAACUUCUGUAAACAGGAGUCUGUCAGUAAAAGAACAACAAAACCCCCCCGCAUUGGAUUCUAUACGUAUUUGGUGUUUCGGCUGUGCGUCACCACGUCUGGAUAGCAUGGUGACUUCCUGGACUAAGGUGCGUCGGGAUACCUGUGCUUUCGACAGCUGGUUAGAGUGCUUUAAUCUCCGCCCCCACUCAGUCCUAUCUGAAGAAACUCCCGAGACGAGUGAAUCAUGCCAGACUGAAACUUGAAACCGACCAGUUUGACAGAAUUUUCACCUGGAUGAGCCAACAUCUUUAACGUGCAUUUGAGAAUCACACUACCGGGAAGUAGACCUCUCGAGCAACUUACUGGACGCUGGACUCUCCUGUGUAAACUGAAAACGGAGGCAACUGUUACCAAGUGAAUACUUUUGGAAGAUACUCUUGUGUCCCUUCUCAAAAAAGACUCUUGUGUCCCUUCUCAAAAAGAAAGUGUGCUGGGUCUUUUUAAGACGAGGAUAUUGAAAUAAUUGCGAAUGUGCGCAUAUUGAGUGUUUAGGAUGGUCUCCACGCGUCUUGUGAUAUGGGGCGGUUUGCUAUUAUGUUUGGGCGUUUUGCCAGAUAGAAUCCUGUCAGACACUACAGACCAGAGCUGUACCAAGGAAUUCAAGAAAGGUGAGGGGAACUUUGUUCUGGAUACGGAGGAGUCCGUCUCGGAGGGAGCCACUUAUAUUGAUGCCCCGACGGUACAGAGCCCCGAAGAAUGUGUCGCAGCUUGUUGUCAAGAUCUGAACUGUAACCUGGCAUUGCUCGAAGUGGGUGCAGAGCAGGGGUCGGUAGGGGACUGUUUCCUCUUUAAUUGCUUGUACAAGCAGAAGUAUGUGUGUAGAUUUGUAAAAAAGAAUGGCUUCGUCAAUUAUAUCCUUGACUCCGUCUAUAACAACUACCUGGAAGGGCCAACCACUGACCCAGCAGGUGAGAAGGACAAACGUCCCAUUGCUAACGUGGGGCAGGACAUGGUGGUCCAGCCCAAUGAAAGAGUGACCCUAAAUGGCCACCAGAGCUGGGAUGACAAUAAGAUCACCAGCUACCAGUGGAGCAAGGUGUCUGGGGACCCCUCUGUUGAGAUGCAGAAAUCUCACUUUGAGGACCAAGUCGAGCUGUACAACUUCAAGCCCGGUGUGUAUGUGUUUGAGCUGAAGGUCACCGACUCCAGUGAUCAGACGGACACCGAGCAAAUCACUGUUCUAGUCCUGACACCCGAGCAGUCUGAGAGUCAAUGUAUGGCCCCUAAGAAGGUGGGCCCCUGUCGCGGGGCCUUCCCCCGCUGGAACUACAAUGUUGUGACUGACCAGUGUGAGAAGUUUUCAUUUGGGGGCUGCAAAGGCAAUCAAAACAAUUACCUGUCAGAGAAGGAGUGCUCUGAUGCCUGCAACGGUGUCUCAGUUAUUGCAGCCGGAAGGAGGGUUGGUCCGACCACUGAAGUUUGUGGGAAGAUGUGCCAGGCUGACCAGUUCCGGUGUGACAACGGCUGCUGCCUGGACAAGUCACUGGAGUGUGAUGACAUUGUCCAGUGCGGCGAUGGCUCCGACGAGUCAGACUGCAAGAAGUUGAAGAAGACUCUUACCAGGCUGUUGAAUAUCACUCUGAAUGAACAGAAAGCUCUUUGCACGGAACCCCCAAUGACUGGCCCAUGUCGCGCAAGCAUGACGCGCUGGUACUACGACCCCCUCAGCCGCCACUGCCAUCGCUUCAACUAUGGGGGCUGCAACGGCAAUGAAAACAACUUUGAGGGCGAGCCUAGCUGCAUGGAUAUGUGUCGGUCUGUCACAGAAAAUGAUGUCUUUGCCCGUGGGCUGUUUGAGUAUCAAGAGCAAGACGAAACCAAGUCAGGGUCUGUUGCCGUGGCUGCGGUGCUGGGCGUGUGCAUCCUGGCCGUCCUGGCGUUGCUAGGUUACUGCCUUUUGAAGGAAAAGAGGAAGAAGGGUCAGCAGCGCGUGAGUGUGGUUGCCAACGGCGCCCAGAUCCCACUGACGGAUGACUCUGAGCACCUAGUCUACAAGUCCACCACCAAACCUGUCUGAGGGUCUGACUGACUGUGGGCCUCAAACGUUACAUCUGUCUUUUUGUGUGUGUGUGUGUGUGUGUGUGUGUGUGUGUGUGUGUAGACUAGUCGUCUAAUACUAGUUGUUUCAUUUUCUACACGUUAUUGGAAAGUGAUCGCUAUAUUCUGUAGUGGCUCCCACUGAGUCAGCGCACAGCAGGCAGGGGCUGACCUCUGACCUUUCCCGGCUAUUACUCAGGGAGACUCUAGCAUCGAGGAGGAUGAAGAGGUGUCGUGCUUACAAUUUAGUGAGACAAAAGUUUGCAACUUAUACAUCAAAAUGAAGCUUAGAACCUGUAGUUUUAGCUGUAUGUGUUCAUUUCCUCCAUUUAAAAAAAAAAUAUUUUUUUUUUUAAACGUUUUACUUUUUCAUUUCAGUCAAUAUUCGUCUGUUUAAGAUGUAACAUGCUGUAUGUUUCAGUCAUAGAUUUAAUGGAAUUGUGACUUAGCGUCCACUAACACCCUGCCAAGUAUGUCAUGGUUAUUUAAACAGACAGCAACAAAUUCAACUGACAGCAAAAAAUAAUUUGCAAAACUACUAAUGCAGCACCCCCAGUCAAAAUAAAUUGCCAAUGAACUAGUGCUGUCUGGGAGCACUUUACAAUCAGCCCAACGGAUACAGCUAACAUCCUCUGCAAAUUGUGCAGGGCCACAGUAAGCAGAGGCAGGGAUGUGAAAAAUAAAAUUAGUAAUAAUAUUAAUAUAUUCCAAUAUUAAAUCACUUUAAUAUGCAUCAUUAUUUUACUGGCUACCUGCACAUGGAAAUGAACAUGUCAUGUUUUGCAUCAUUUUGCCGAUGUUAGCCAGCUCCGGACGUAUCUGGUUAAUUCUCUCUCUCUCUUGCUCUCUCUCCCUCUCUCCCUCUCUCCCUCUCUCCCUCUCCCCCUCUGUCCCUCUCCCUUUCUCUCUCUCUGCUGUGGUGUGAAAAGCAGCAGGAUAUGUAGAGGCGAGAUUGUGUGCACUGAAUUAUAGGGCAAUGUGUGACAUUGCUUCCACGUCUUUGUCUUUGCUCAGGUUAAGGGAAUUUAAUAACUGUACUUGACAUAUUGUAUAUCACGCAUAUAGAGUGUCAGUAAAAAAGGGGGACAGUGAAAAAGUUUUAGGGCGAGUAUGAAAUACUGCAAUGCCAUAAGAUGAAGACAAACACACAGCCAUGUAUUUUUAUCUUGGUAUGAUGUGAAUACACCACAUCACCAGGCCCAACAGGAUAUGGUUUCAUUCUUAGCUUUUGUUUUUAGGCUGAUGUUUUUACUGCUGUGUUUUUAUUUGAACGCUCCUUUAUUCUCUCAUGAAGUUUGUGAUUCUUUUAUUUGUGUUAUGAAACAUUUCGUAAAUAUGCUGUUAUCAAUAAUGUGCAUUAUUAUUAUCUGCGUAGUAAAAAAAAAAAAUCUUGUCUCAGAUCAUUGUUUGGAAGUAUGGUGAAAUAUGUGUACCGUACAUCAAAUAUCUGAUUUCUCAUUGUAAAUAAUAUCACACAUGAAUUCAUCGAUAAAUAAAUUAUGAUACAAUCA